AUGCAGCAUUAUAAAAUAAGUCUAUACAGCGCUGACCAUAUAACUGGGAACAGACUAUCAUCUGCGCAUCAUGUCACUGACCGAGUAUCAUCAGCUUGUCCAUUCCCUGUCGUCGACCCUUUUGAUAAAGCUUUGGAAAACAUGACCAAAACAUUCCCCACCAUCAAUUGCUCCAAGCAGAAACCACAUCUUGUCUUCACUAAACGCGACACAAUUUUCGUCAAUCACACGAAAAUAGAAGGAAUACCAUGGCUCAGGUCAACAUUCAAACACUGUCAGUACGAGGUUCGGGUUCGAGACCCGGCACAUGAUUACGAUAGAAAAUUAAUCACAGUGAAAGUCAGUCCGUUUUUUAAUAACUCCAUCAACGUGACUGAAGAUUACGUUCUCGUCAAGUGCUACAACACCUCCGACAUCGUCAUAUCCAAGUCGUUCUUAACAUUCAUACGACGAAAACCACAGCUAGAGGUUAAAUUAAAGAUCAAGUAUGAGUCGCACGUUAACCAACACGCCCCAAAAGAGACUCUAAGCGUCAUGAUGGUAGGUGUUGAUGGCAUGUCUAGAAACAGCAUGAUACGCUCCAUGCCGAAGACAAGAAAUGUUCUGCUAGAUACCAUGAACGCUGUAGAGCUACACAAACACAACAAAAUUGGAGACAACACGUACCCUAAUGUUGUUGGACUUCUCACUGGGAAAAAACAUUCUUCUCUAGCCAAGUUGAAGUGGAACAGGCUCAUGUCGUUCGACCACAUCAAUGAUUUCUUUUUGUGGAGUUCCUACCGCAAUGCGGGGUACAGAACGGCCAUGUUUUUAGACCUAUUGAACAUCACGGCAUUCCAUUACCUCAAACGUGGUUGGACGAAACAGCCGGUGGAUUACUACCUCCGGGAGGCGGUGGUUGAUUUUGAUGACGACAUGAUGCGAAACGGAAGUUGUGUAGGUGACGUCCCAGACAUCACUCUACUGACCGACUACUGGGUGAAGUUUGCGACUUUGUUCAACAAUUCUAAGGCAGCGCCUUACUUUGCUUACAGCUUCUCUGCUCAUUUAACACACAAUAACGUCAAUAAGGCCAGUGCAGGUGAUGUACUGUACUACAGAUUCUUGACAAAGUUGGUGGACCGGAACCUUCUACAUAACACCGUCCUUGUGUUUUUCAGUGACCACGGUCCGAGAUUUGGACCAAUGAGAUUGUAUCAAGAGCUAAAACAUAAUGUCAUACGUAGGUCAACAUUUCAUGGGAUGAUUGAGGCUAGGACACCUUACAUGUUCCUGGUGUUCCCGCCCUGGUUCCACACCAAAUACCCACAGCUGAUGGAAGUUGUGAAAACCAACCAAGAGCGUCUGACGACCCACACGGACGUCUACGAGACUUUGAUUGACCUGCUGUACUUUAAAGCAGAGACCGGGAAAGGAAGUCUCACCCAGCCCAGGUUUAGCUUGUUCAAAGAGAUUCCAGAAGGACGCACGUGUGAGCAUGCGCAGAUUCCUGUGGAGUACUGCGCCUGUAUGGGUUUCACAGAGGCCAAGUUAAGCCAGACGUUGGGUCACACAUUAAGCCAAGCACUAGUCGACAAAGUCAACAGCUUCAUACCAAAUAAUUUGAGACAGAGAUGCGUAAACUUAACACUCGACCGUGUCAUAACUACAGCAGAAAUUUCUGGCAACUCUUCCCAAACAAGGAGGUACCAGAUAACGUUAACGACCCAGCCCAACCACGCCGUUUACGAAGGCGUUGUUGAUUUUCUGGCAACUAACUCAACGGUGGUGUCUGAUGACGUCACUAGACUGAAUCUCUACUUGCACCAAGCUGAUUGUAUAGAAGACCCGAAUUUAAGGCCAUAUUGCUAUUGCAAGCCAGCACACGUUGUAAAAGCAUAA